GGGCCUCCAGGCGGCUGGGGAGAAUCGCCUGCAGCUCGUGGCAGUGCUGUGCUGCGUUUUGCAGAGCUGUGGAUCUCGCUGGAGGAGCACCAGGACGCCUUAGAGCUCAUCAUGAGCAAGUACCGAAAGCAGAUGCUGCAGCUGCUGCAAGGGAGAAAAGCUGAAGCGGCAGAGCCAGUCUUGAAAGUUCACCAGGCUCAUUGUGUGGAAAUUGAAGAACAAAUAGACAGAAUAUAUGAGAUGGGAGAAGUGAUGAGAAAAGCUAUUCAAGUCGAUGAUGAUCAGUUCUUUAAAGUUCAAGAGAAACUAGCUCAGUUGGAGCUUGAAAACAAAGAGCUCCGUGAACUUUUGUCAAUCAGUAAAGAAUCUGUUGACGUGAGGAAAGAAGAUCUGCCUGACAGUGAAGCUCAGGUCACAAAAUAACCCUAUUUCCAAAUUUUAACUUCUGAGAAUACGAGGAAUCCACCCUACAAGGAAGGAUGGUUUGUGUUUCGUUCUUUCAGGUGUUUCCUUGUAUGUCUGUUUUAUCUUCAGAAAUGUGCAGCCUGUUUUCUCUGCAUUUUUCUGAAAGUAGACGCUCUGAUGGCAAAGGCUUGCUUUGCUGCUCGGUCUUAGUAAUUGCAGCAUACAAAUGCUUAACAAUGAAGUGUUUAUGAUGACCUACUCCCUUGUGAUAGUUUAUUUUCUCUCAUAAAUGUUGUUUUGGAUCAGCUUCAGUUAAGAAUGCCAACUAUGCAGACAGCACUUAAAUUAUUUUAUUUGACAAAAACAAUAAGAGAUUAUUUGAAAAUUAUAUUGUACAUGGCAGGCACACAUUUUGUUUUCCUUUGAAUACCUAACACAAACAGCAUUCGGUUGGGUUAACAUUCUUACUGGGAAACAGACAACUUUCUAGAAGCAGAUCAAGAGAAGAGCAGGUAAUCAAUUGUGCACUUCCCUGAAUAACUUCAUAUAAGGGGCAUACUUUGCCUUGAUUUAGAGGGGAAAAUCAGAAUGAAUAGCCCUUUCUCACACUUCCACGUGUCAAUGUAGCGUGUCUGCCUAGUGUUCUUGUUUUCUUUCUUUCUUUCUUUUUUAAUGGGUAGACCUAUUCUGGCUCUACCUGUGCUGCAAGGUGUGUGGAUUUUGGAUAGCUCUGAUCUGAGGCACUGCUCUCAAGCCAAUAGAGUAAGCCCUGCGGAGAACACAGCACUUCCAGAUCAAAGCUGUCUGGCUUCCCACUACUUUGGGCUUCAGGAAGGGUGAGCUCAGGUCUGGCUCAAAAACAUUAAGCCAAAACCAACCAAAUAGACCUGUUUUUAAUGUUAUAUCACAGGUAAGUCUAGUGACAGAUGUUGUGUAGUUAUUGUAAAAUCCUGUAUUGAGUUAAAUUAGAGUUGCAAUGUCUAAGAAUUUGUCAAUAUUGUGGUAUUUUUAAUGACUUUUUUUAAUAAAAGAUUUGUCUGUCUGUCUUAUUAGUGAUCAAAGGAUAAUCCUUCAGGAACAGCAAGGCCCUCAUUCCCAGCAUUAGUUUAAAUUGUUAUGCCAUUUUUUCCAAGUGAGAAUUUUAUAGAUGCAGAAGGUGAUUUAGGUCUUGUGCCUAAGACACAAAGAGAAUUAAGAGACAUUUCUUUGCCACCAUCUGGAACACCCAGAGAGAUCGUCUGGUAGAGAUGAGGGUUUUCUGUACAGGACUAUCCUUAUAUAAAAUCAUUUUCUACUUUAAAUUAUUUCUUAAUAGGGAAUAAAAAUAAGCAUGGACAAUUA